AUGGGUGCAUUUUGUUCUAAACCGGAGGAAAUCAAUUUUGGUGGUCCGGUGGAUCUUUGGCAUUUUUACCUUUUGAGGUCGGUUGGAAAAGCGGUUCCUGAUAUCAUCCAAGAACGUAGAUUGUUAGAAGAGAUUCAUCCACCUUUUGUUUGUAAUCUAGCUUAUGCAUUUCAAGAUGAUGAUAAUCUUGGUCUCGGAUCUUAUGCUAGGUGGCGAUUCAAAUUGAAUUUAGAUCGUGCUGGGUUUUUGAAAGAAGAGGUGGUCAAGUUUUAUGUUUGUGAAAUGGUACUUGCUCUUGGUUAUUUACAUUUGAAGGGGAUCGUACAUCGUGAUCUUAAACUCAAUAACAUUCUUCUUGACAAACGGGCAGCCGGUUCAAUGGCAUUCAUGGCACCUGAAAUCUUAGGUAAACGUGGUUAUACCUCUACCAUAGAUUGGUGGUCACUUGGAGUGGUGACCUUUGAACUUGUGUUUGGUAAACCAGCCGGUUCAAUGGCAUUCAUGGCACCUGAAAUCUUAGGUAAACGUGGUUAUACCUCUACCAUAGAUUGGUGGUCACUUGGAGUGGUGACCUUUGAACUUGUGUUUGGUAAACGUCCGUUCAGAGUUAAAACCAAUUCAACCUUGACCACUGCAAUUUCAAGAGAAGAAUCCAGAUUUCCAGAAACUUUACCUCAAGUGAUUGGACCUGAAGCGUUGAAUUUCUUUAAAAAGGUUUUGGAUGUAAGAGAUGGAGGUAUCGAAAAGUUUAAAUCACACAAUUGGUUUAGAGGAUUAGAUUGGGAUGGGAUUAAUUCACUUCAAGCAACUCCACCUUUUGAACCUGAUCCUAAAUAG